AUGCUCUCCUCAUCGAAAAAAGACGCGAUUUCGGUGCUCAAAUUCUACGAAGCUUAUGAAGCAUUUUCGAGAUUAUGCCAUGAUUCGAAAUAUUCGAUUAGUAUCAAAUUGCAACCUGGAAUGGUGAUUUUCAUCGACAAUUUUCGAGUUUUGCAUUCGAGAACUGGAUUUGAGGUGAUUUUGGAGGAUUUUGGGAGAAAUUUUGAAAUUUUGAGCUGAAAAACUAAAAAAAAUUGAAUUUUCAAAAAUUCACUGUUUCAAAAUUUUCAUAAAAAUUUUCAAUUUUUUAAAUUUUUAAUGGAAGUUUUGACCAUAUAUUAGGAUAACUUUGUUCAAAAUUUGGCACCGCUCAAAAUAAAUCGAUGGCCUAGAAAAUCACCCUGUCGGAUCCUAGGCCACCAACAAUUUUUCUCCAAAAUUCAAAUUUCCAACGAAAAACCUUUUUUCUGAAUUUCGCCUGAAUCCUAUCAUUUUCCCUCUGACAAAGUCCAUGGCCUAGAAAACCACUUGUCGGAUUCUAGGCCACGCUAAAAUUUUUCCCAAAAAUUCAAAUUUUUCACAACAACCUUAAGGUUUUUGUGAACCUUAAGGUUUUUGUUAGAAAUUCCCUCUGACAAAAUCCAUGGCCUAGAAAACCGCUUGUGGGUUUCUAGGCCACGCUAAAAUUUCUCACUAAAAACCUAGUUUUCACCUGAAAUCUAUCAUUUUCCCUCUGACAAAAUCCAUGGCCUAGAAAACCAUCUGUCGGUUUCUAGGCCACCUCCAAAUUUUUCCCAAAAAUUCAAAUUUUUUACAAAAAAUCUAGAUUUCGCCUGAAUUCCCUGAUUUUCCAGCUCAAAAUAAACUGGUGGCCUAGAAAAUCAUCUUGUCGGAUUCUAGGCCACCUUCAAAAUUUUUUCAAAAUUCAAAUUUUUCACAAAAAAUCUAGAUUUCGCCUGAAUUCCCUGAUUUUCCAGCUCAAAAUAAAUCGAUGGCCUAGAAAACCAUCUGUCGGUUUCUAGGCCACCUCCAAAUUUUUCCAAUAAAAUCUAGUUUUCACCUGAAACCUAUCAUUUUCCCUCUGACAAAAUCCAUGGCCUAGAAAAUCAUCCUGUCGGAUCCUAGGCCACCAACAAUUUUUCUCCAAAAUUCACCCGGAUUUCGCCUAAAAGCCAAGCGAAUAAGAUUCCAUGGCCUAGAAAACCGCUUGUCGGAUCCUAGGCCACGCUAAAAUUUCUCACAAAAAUUCAAAUUUUUCACAAAAAACCUAGUUUUUACCUGAAAUCUAUCAUUUUCCCUCUGACAAAAUCCAUGGCCUAGAAAACCGAUUGUCGGAUCCUAGGCCACCAUCAAUUUUAUUCAAAAUUCACCCGGAUUUCGCCAAAAAGCCUAGCGAAUAAGGUUUCAUGGCCUAGAAAACCAUCUUGUCGGAUCCUAGGCCACCUUCAAAUUUUUCUCCAAAAUUCACCCGGAUUUCGCCCAAAAGCCACGCGAAUAAGAUUCCAUGGCCUAGAAAACCAUCUUGUCGGAUCCUAGGCCACCUCCCCUCAAAUUCUAGGCCAUCUUCCCAUUUUUUCAGGGCUAUCGACGAAUGUGUGGCUGCUAUUUAUCACGAGACAAUUUCUACGCAAAAUCUCGACCAAUUUUAAUUAAUUAA